GCGUGGGCGCUCUACAGUCGCGGCGCGGGGCUGCUUCCCCAUUCUAGACCGUAGCCCCAGGGCAGUGUGGCUCAUUCUCCCGGACCUCAGUGUCUCCCCGGUCCCAAGAGCCGAGGCCUGUGUGUCCCUCAAUAGGAGUGGCCGCGGACCUCAAUUUCCUCGCUCGUCGUAGUGGGCUGAGCCCCCCUUAUCCCCCAGCCCCAGGCCUCAAUCCUGUAGGCGAUGGUGGAGUCAUUGGUUCUCCGAAAGCCGUGUGCAGGCCGGAGGCCUGACUUUCCGCACUCGCUCCUGCUGACCCGCCCACCCGCGGCGGCCAAUGGCUGGGGCGCUCCCCCCUCGGGGCGAAGCCGCGUCACGUGCAGGGAAGAAAGAACCAGAGGCGCGCUGGGCGUGGGGCUGAGCGGCCAUGGCAGCCUGUCGCUGCCCGCAGCUCCGGAGCCGCUGUCCCCCGCGGGCGGCGCGGGCGAGGAGGCGCCGGAUGAGGACGAGGACGAGGCGGAGGCCGAGGACUCUGAGCGGCCGGGGGCAUCGGGUGGCGCGCGCAGCGGCGGCGGCGGUGGCGGCGGGGCCGGGCCAGGGAGCUGCGGCGGGCCGGGGGGCGCGCUCACCAGGCGCGCGGUCACGCUGCGGGUGCUCCUGAACGACGCGCUGCUGGAGCCCGGCGCCGGGGUGCUGUCCAUCUACUAUCUGGGGAAGAAGUUCGUGGGAGACCUGCAGCCCGAUGGGAGGAUUGUGUGGCAGGAAACGGGCCAGGUGUUCAACUCACCCAGCGCCUGGGCCACCCAUUGCAAGAAGCUGGUGAACCCGGCCAAGAAGUCUGGCUGUGGCUGGGCCUCUGUCAAGUACAAGGGCCAGAAACUGGACAAGUACAAGGCUGCCUGGCUCCGGCGAAACCAGCUCCAUAUACCUGCAGCUGCCGCCGAUGAGAGCCCGGCCAGCGAAGGAGAGGAGGAGGAGCUGAUGAUGGAGGAAGAGGAGGAGGAGGUUCUGACAGGAGCCUCAGCGGAGGACAAGAGUCGGAGACCACUGGUGAAGGGCCCCUCGGAGCCUGUCCAUCCUGAGGCCACGCCCCCAGGGAAAAGGGUGGAAAACAAGAUCCGGGUGCCUGUGCGCUACUGCAUGCUGGGUAGUCGAGACUCUGCCAGGAACCCGCACACCCUGGUGGAAGUAACAUCCUUCGCAGCUAUCAACAAGUUCCAGCCGUUCAACGUGGCCAUCUCUAGCAACGUGCUGUUCCUGCUGGACUUCCACAGCCACCUGACCCGCAGCCAGGUCGUGGGGUACCUGGGCGGCCGCUGGGAUAUCAACAGUCAGACGCUGACGGUGCUGAGAGCCUUCCCCUGUCGGAGCCGCCUGGGGGACGCGGAUACCGCGGCCACCAUGGAAGAGGAGAUUUACCAGAGCCUGCUCCUGCGGGGCCUGUCCCUGGUGGGCUGGUACCAUAGCCACCCGUACAGCCCGGCGCUGCCGUCGCUGCAGGACAUCGACGCGCAGAUGGAGUACCAGCUGCGGCUGCAGGGCUCCAGCAACGGCUUCCAGCCCUGCCUCGCCCUGCUCUGCUCCCCUUACUACUCUGGUAACCCCGGCCCGGAGUCCAAGAUCUCGCCCUUCUGGGUGAUGCCGCCCCCUGAGCAAAGGCCCAGUGACUAUGGCAUCCCCAUGGACGUGGAAAUGGCCUACGUCCAGGAUGGCUUCCUGACUAAUGACGUCCUUCAUGAGAUGAUGCUGCUGGUGGAGUUCUACAAGGGCGCCCAUGACCUCGUCAGGUUCCAGGAGCCUUGGAACCAGGAGCACACCUACCUCGACAAGCUCAAGAUCUCCCUGGCCAGCAGGACGCCCAAGGACCAGGGCCUGUGCCAUGUGCUGGAGCAGGUUUACGGCGUCCUCAAGCAGGGGAGCUGAGAGCACCAGCCUCCAAGGACCGGGGAGGCCUUUGGUCAGACGUGGCUCCCCGAGGCUCUGGGUGAAGGGAAUCGGCCCAGGGCCUUUGUGCUGCUUUGUUGCUGUGUGACUGAGGUGUGUGACGGCAGGGGCUCAGAUAAUAAAGGAGAAACAGCCUAGG